GUCAGCGAGAGUAGGGUAGGCCGCGGAGGCAAGAUGGCCCCAGAAAUGUUAUUAUUUAUGUUCAAAUCGAAAUAUCGACGGAAAGAAGUGUGGUGGGCCGUGGGCUGCCUGCUGGUGAUGGCCCUGGCGGCGGUCGACGGCCUCCAGGGGGGCGGCAAGUGCGGCCCCCAGUGCGUGAACGGCUACUGCGCCAACAACACCUGUCACUGUUUUGACGGCUGGCAGGGGGCCAAUUGCCAGUUUUGCGGCGGAAAAGUCAGGUUGUCCGAGCCGUCUGGCUACAUCUUGGACGGCCAGGGUAACUACUCGGUGGACGUCAAGUGCAGCUGGCUGGUUUCCAGUAGCAGUCCGAACGCCUCCAUCCGACUGCACCUCGAAGAAUUCGCCACCGAGUGUGGUUGGGACCACCUUUAUGUCUACGAUGGAGACUCCGUCCGCUCGCCCUUGCUUGCCGUCUUCAGUGGUCUCAUGUACAAGGAUGACUACCGUGUCCGUCGAGUGCCAGAAGUGGUGGCAAAAUCAGGGUCGGCCCUGCUUCAUUUUUAUAGUGACGUUGCUUACAACAUGACUGGAUUCAACAUUUCAUACAGGCUUAACUCUUGUCCAUCUCAGUUUGUGGAAAAUGAGUGCAGCGGACACGGCGUCUGCAUUGAUGGCCUGUGUACUUGUGACGCCCUGUACACGGGUGAUGCAUGUGAGGUUCCUGUCUGUCCUGACAAUUGUUCUGGACGGGGUCAGUGCAACCGAGAGAAGCAUCGUUGUGAGUGUUGGGGUGACGCUAGAGGAGAUGACUGCUCGCAAUCGGCCGACCGGGGGUUUUGGGAGCUGCUGCAGCCCAAGGCGUUUGUGCCUGAGGGCUCAGCUUCACAUGGGGUGGUCGUCUGGAGGGACUCGUUGUACGUGGUUGGCGGCGAGUCGUACGAAAAAGCCAAGCUGAUGUAUGUCUACGACUUUACUGGACAAAUAUGGGAAACAGUUCACAUUAACAGCAAAAAUGUCCCUCAGUCCAGAUAUGGGCAUUCCACUGUUAUUUUUGGAGACAAAAUUUACAUGUACGGAGGUGUGGAUGUUGGUGGUACUGUGUCUGCAGAGCUUUGGGCCUUUGACAUCAGUGCCAACGCUUGGGAGAACAUAACAGUCAGGGCCGAGUCCUGUGCCCACCUCAAACUUUACCCCAAACUGCCUUGUGGUCCGCUGAGGUCGACCGGACACACAGCAACGGUUGUGUCCAGCAAGGCCAAGAAGAGCGAGAAGAUGAUAGUUAUUUUUGGUCACUCGCCCGUCUACGGCUACCUGAACACAGUCCAGGAGUACAAUUUUGGUACGAGGACGUGGCAGGUUGUGGCCACCAAGGGUUUCCCUGUCAAGGGUGGCUAUGGCCACUCAGCCGUGUACGACGGGGUAACUCAGCGAAUUUAUGUCUACGGAGGAUAUGUAUCUGAAAGCGCCUCAACGGCACUUUUGACCAACAAGCUCUACUCUUAUGACCCAUUUUCAAAGAUCUGGAACUUGCUUAUGUCUGCCCCGUCUGCUAGAUUUCUUCACUCUGCUGUGAUUUCCCGAGGACUGAUGCUCGUCUUCGGCGGAAACACACAUAAUGACACAGCCUUCAGCCACGGCGCCAAGUGCUACUCGCACGACUUCCUUGCUUAUGACCUUGCCUGUGACACUUGGUCCAUGUUACCAACACCAUCCCUCUCACGAACAGACCUCAGUCGAUUCGGACAUUCCGCAGUACUAUUCGACGGUGCUCUCUACAUCUAUGGUGGCUUCGAUGGCCAAUUCAGAUCUGACCUUUUGAAAUUCACGCCUGGAAAGUGCAGCGUGUUGAAGGAUGAGGGUGCCUGCAGUCAAGGUCGACCUGGUGUGAAAUGUGUUUGGAGCGAGGAGGACGCAUCCUGCGAAGUUGCAGGACAGGGAGUAGGACUGGGCAAGGCGCAGUGCUCAACUGUUUUUGAGCACGGCCGAGCUGAGGUUUGCGCCAUGCUGGACAAUUGCGGUGCUUGCGUCCACACGUCUCACUCUUGCAAUUGGUGCGGAGGCUUGCAGGGCAGCUGCAACUACCAACGCUGUAAGGAGCCGUCGCAGAAGGCCAUAACCAGCAUGGAGCAAUGCGAGUCGCAAGACAAUGGCGCUUGUCUUCAGUUGCACAAUUGCCAGGCUUGCGGUACAAACCCUCGGUGCAGAUGGGAGUUUGAAGCCCGUUGCAAAGCUAUAGCCAAUGUUACGAGUGAGGUAGGUGCGGUGGAGAUGCCAGGCUGUCCAAACAGCUGCGCCCAGUUCUCAUCGUGCACCAACUGCACACAGGAGGAGUGCAUCUGGUGUCAGAAUGAAGCAAGGUGUGUCAACAAGAAUGCCUACACAGCAUCGUUCCCUUAUGGACAAUGCAGAGAGUGGACCACGCACAUCACCAAAUGCAGACCAUCAAAUGGUGAAGCCGAAUGUUCAUUUUACGCAAGUUGUGAGGACUGCAGGGUGGAUCCUGCCUGCGGAUGGUGUGAUGAUGGCUCUGGAACUGGUCUUGGGCGGUGCCUCCGUGGCGGAAACCACAGACCAGACGACCCUUCGAUGUGUCCUUCCGAUUCCUGGUUUUUCACCAGAUGCCCUACUUGUCAAUGCAAUGGCCAUAGUACUUGCGGAAAUGGGUCAAGUCAGUGCAGUCAACCCUGCAACAACCUGACGCAAGGGUUGCACUGUGAACGCUGCGUUCCAGGUUACUUUGGAAAUCCAGUCAAUGGAGGAAAAUGCAGUCCUUGUCACUGCAACAAUCAGGGUACGCAGUGCCACCCUGAGACAGGCAAGUGCUUCUGCACUACAAAAGGAAUCACUGGGGACCACUGCGACAAGUGUGACACAACUAACCAUUACUCCGGAGACCCAGCAAAUGGUUCUUGUUUUUAUGAUUUGACUAUUGACUACCAGUUCACCUUUAACCUUUCAAAAAAGGAAGACAGACACUAUUCCCAAAUCAACUUUAAAAAUAUUCCCCCCAAGCCUGACGUGGAUGCUGACUUUCAAAUCACUUGCUCCGUUCCCUCCAAAAUGAACAUCACCAUUAGAACAGCAAAUGGACCUGAAAAAUAUCUCCUGGUGGCUCACAACUGCUCUACAUUUAGACAUCGCUUUUCUAAGUCGGAGUACCAAUUCGGUCUUGAAGACAACGCCACCCAGACUACUUUCUAUGUCUAUGUUUAUGAUUUCCACCCGCCUUUGUGGAUUCAGAUUUCUUUCUCCCAAUACCCAAAACUGAAUCUGCAGCAGUUCUUCAUCACCUUCUCAACUUGUUUUGUUCUUUUGCUACUUGUGGCAGCCGUGAUGUGGAAAAUCAAAGUCAAAUACGACCUUUUCCGUCGGAGACAGAGGAUGUUUGUCGAAAUGGAGCAAAUGGCCAGUCGACCGUUUGCUCAGGUCUUGGUUGAGCUGGAGAACAAACCGCCCGAUGACCAGCCACCACCUUCUCUCCGCAGAAGAAAAAAGGAUGCUCCGAGUCCAAUUGCACUUGAGCCGUGCUGUGGGAACAAAGCAGCAGUUCUUUCUCUUCUUGUCCGUCUUCCCUCCGGCAGUCAGCAAUACACACCGCCAGGACAAACAAGUUUGGCCAUUGCUUCGGCACUGGUGACAUUAGGCAACCCUCGCAAGGUCAGCGCGGAGCCCCCAAACAAAGGAGACGCCAAAAAUAAGACUCAAGUGCCAAGCGGAAUUAUUAUCUGAUGUGAGCAGUAAAGUGAGUGCCCGGUGCUAAUCUGAGAAGGUCGAACGCUGACUGAGCGUGUGAGGGAGCAGAAUUUUUCUCCUGCGAUGGCUGCCAACUGAUCUUUGCCUUCUGCGACCUGCACUCGGGGUUAAAUUGACUUAACGGUGAUUUGGACUUUUCCGGCUCUUUUUGGGCGAAUGUGAUAUUAUCGCGUAUUUUACCCUUCUGCCUCGGUUCAGUUUUGGCGCUUAAAGUUGCCAAGAGUAUUUGUACUUUUAUUUCAACGAAUUUGAGACAUUAAAUAAUCAAAGUUGACAGCAAUUUGUAUAUAUUACGGAAUACUAUCAGCCAGAAAUGCCAGAAUCUCUUACGAGCUUUUCCAUUGAAGAAUAUUUUUUCACGUCGUAACAAGCUGCAUCUCUUGCAUUUAUUUUAUUUCUUUGUUAUAUGGUGCAAUUUUUAUGCGAAACGAGUUGCAUCAAAUUUUUUGUUAUCGCAAGUAUUUGGUGCCACUGCAUGUCCAAUAUUAAUUAUUACGAUCGGUAUAGAAAAAGGUUAGUGGGCCAAUACUUGUAUCUUUUAAGUUAAGACCAUAAGUUAAGUAACUGCAAUUAAUAAUCUCACAACAUUUCGUCCAACAUCAACAUUGAAUUAACUGAAAUGGAUUAAAUUGAAACAAGGCCUCAUUCACAUUCCAAUGGAAAAUUUAAGUAUUUAUAAAUAGAUUGUCUCGUGCGUUGUUUUACUUCGCGGAGCUUCAAUGUCCUGGACUAAUUUUAUUUGCCCAUCCAGGAAUGACGCACAAUACCAUGACUAUGGAUGGUAAUCGCUAGGUUUAAUGAUCAUUGUUGAUUGUGCAAUUAAUAAAAUAAUUGUCGAUUAUGUGGUAAAAGAAAGACGAAAAAAUGUAUUACUGAUUUGAUCUAGUGAAUAUUAUUGUAACCGAAUUAUAAAGAAAAAAAGUGAGAAUGGUUUAUCUCUGUGGUGUAAGUCGCAUUCUUAUGCAAAUAAAUGUAACAUUAUUAAAAAACAA